AUGGACAAAAGACUGAAAAAGUUAGAGCAAAUACAAAAGGAUAUGCAAGAACAAAUGCAGUCACAGAUGCAAGAGCAGCUGGCUAAGAUUCAACAAGAGAUGAAAGAACAGAUGAUGGAGUCCCAAAGAGAGAUGAUGAGUCAGUUGUCCCAAUUGCUGAUGGGAAGAGUGGAUAAAGGAAAAGGUCCUAUGGAUAAUGUUGGGGAAAAUAAUGAAGACCCUCAGUAUCCUCCUGGCUUCACUCCUACACAUGUGCAGACACAACCUGAGAUUAAUUUGCAGAAACCAUCUGUUAUGAUCAGGCUUCAACAGUUUCAGGCUGGAGUUUCAAUACCAAUGAACUUUCAAGCUAGUUCAAGCUAUAAUCCUGCUAACAACUCAAAUAAUCCAAUGGUCCCUGAUUUGGAUGAAGUUGCAAAAGAGGAAAGAGCAAAGGUAGAGUUACAAAAGCAGCUAGAAGAACGGUGUAAAUGGCUGGAGGAAAAGGUCAGACCAAUAGAAGGUGUUAAUAGACAUCCGGGAAUUGAUGCAAAAGAUCUAAGUUUGGUCCUAGACUUAGUACUUCCAUAUAAGUUCAAGAUGCCAAAGUGUGAGAAAUAUAAUGGAACGAGCUGUCCUAAAGCUCAUAUCACUAUGUUUUGUAGAACAAUGACUGGGUAUGUUCACAAUGAUCAAUUGUUGAUUCAUUGCUUACAAGACAGUUUGGUAGGAGUAGCUGCUAAAUGGUACAAUCAGUUGAGUCGAAACAGAAUUAGUUCAUGGAGAGAUUUAGCACAGGCGUUCAUGAAGCAGUACAGUCAUGUGACGGAUAUAACUUCUGAUAGGAUUACUCUGCAGAAUAUGGAGAAGAAACCAAAUGAAAGUUUUAAGCAGUAUGCACAGAGAUGGAGGGAAAUGGCUAUUCAAGUUCAGCCGCCGCUCUUGGAGAAGGAAACUACAAUGCUCUUUAUUAACACCUUAAAAGCUCCAUUCAUAACUCACAUGUUAGGGAGUGCCACGAGGAGUUUUGCGGAUGUGGUCAUGAUAGGAGAAAUGAUCGAGAAUGCUAUAAGGAAUGGAAGGAUAGAUGCAAGAGAAAGUGCUAAAAGGUUUGUUCCACAGAAAAAGGAAAAUGAGGUGAACAAUGCAAACAAGGGAUAUUCAAAGUCUGUUACUAUAAGUCAACCAAAAGCGGUAACUGCUGGUCAAGGUUCAUCAAGGCAGGAAUCUGGAACAAGGCAGAAUAAUGAGAAGAUUCAAUUUACACCAAUUCCCAUGAUGUAUAAAGAGUUAUUUCAAAGUUUGUUCGAUGCACAUGUGGUGGCAUCUUUUUAUUUAAAGCCGUUCCAGCCUCCGUUCCCUAAAUGGUACGAUGCCAAUGCUCAAUGUAGUAUCACGUAG